GUUGUCUUCCUCACUUGCCCUCUCUUCCGCAGAGCCAAGUUGGCAGCUUCAGGAUUUUCGCGUGCAGGGCCAGCGUGAGGGUCGCAGGAGGGCCACCCGCACAGCACUGUGACGGGACAGGCGCUCUGAUAGCCUUGCUGCUACCAGGGGACUUGCAGCUGUGGACCUUGUGGACGGAAGGGGGCUUCACAUCGGGUAGGAGUCGUCAGGUGCUUGGAAGGGUGGCCUGGGGUCCACAGGCGGCCACGGGAGGCCUGGCCCAUUCUACCCAGGCUGAUGCCGGGCUGGGGCCGCGCCCCACUCGGCCCUCACUCAGAAACUGGGCUUGUGGGCUUUCCAAGAAGCCACAGAAAGAUUGGGCACUCAAAAAGUGGUUUGUUUUCCUUCGACAGCCACAACGCCCCAUAUUCUUUCAUUUUUCUCGAAGUUAAACUGUAAGCAUUUAAAAGCGAAUUUCAUUCUUAACUAGUAAAGGCAGUUGAGCCACUGCAACUAAUUGUUGUAAAGCUCGAACCGGGCACCAGGUGGCAGUGUGGUCUCGUGUCUGGAGGCCCGGGGGGCCUGGAGAAGCCCUGCCGGUUUAUCCCAUCCGGACUAAUAUGUAAAUUCCUCUCACAAACCCACACCUCAGACAAUAUCAAGCGGUGCUUUUAAAUACAAACUGUAAUAAUCACAGCGAAGGAAGCUUUCAUCUCGAGUCUAAGGGUAGAUGGAAAGCGUUCUCUUCCUCCCUCAGUAGAGAUCAGAUAGCUGAAAUAGUUUGCUUCCCGUGUGAAAUUGGCUAAUUACAGUGAUAAUGUGGGCAGGCCCUCGGGAUGACUAGAUACGGAGAACGAGACCGGAGUCGCAUUCCUAGCUUUCAUCUAGGUGAUCGAGUUGUUUCAAGUGUUUCUCUAAUGCCUCAUAAUGACGCGGCAUCGCGUCUGUCUGCAGGGCUCCCCCGGUGUCCGCGACUGACAGAAGGCCGCCCGGGCCAGGUCGCGGAGCCUGGACGAGGACUUCACUGCAACAGCCAUUGUCCCAGGACUGAAAAGGAACCACUCUCGCCACCGGCCCACUGUCCUCCCGUUCCCGCCGAGUCUCAUCACCCACCCGCUGCUUCUGCACUGUCCGCUGGACCGGGUUCUGAUGUAAACGUUGAGAGCAGAGCCACACAUCCCAGCAGGGCACCCCACCCUGGUCCUCCGAAAGGCGCCUUGGAGCCGGCAGUCAAGAGAGCGAACGGACGCGGCCGCAGCCUGGCCGGGUGCAGUGGCGCACACUGGCGACCCCAGCCCUCGGGAGGCCAGGCCAGCCUGGGUCACGUGGCGGGGCAGUGGGGCAUCCAAGCCGGCAAGGCCAGCGCUGUGUCCCGGCGUCCGGUCACCUGGCGGCGCCUGCAGGCCCUGGCACACGAUUGA